UCUGGCUGGCAUCUUGCCAUCUGGAUCGCUUUGGAUCUUAUACGGACCUCUGCAUUAUUGUACUUAUUGAUCCAGACUGCAUUACCGUUGAUUCCAGUUGUGAUGGAGAUUUGCCUUUGAAAGCAGGAGCUCCAGCGAACCUUCGGUGAUUCCGAAUUUCCGAGUUCCGACUGACUCGCAUCUUCCCCGAAUUACGUGUCCGGAGAUAGUACGACCGCAUGAUUUGUUUCCUGGCUGAAUUUCGGUGGAAGCGUAUCGUCUGUAGUAAAGAAUUUGACAGACCGCAAAAGAGAUUAAAGCAUCACAAAGAAUGCAUUCGCAAUUUAUCCGAGGCUUAUCUUCGUGUGUAUCGCGGUUUGCUCCAGGUCUGCAGUUAACAUCGCAUCGGGCCUCAUCCGCUCUUUUCUCGAAAUACGGAACGAGUAUGUGUUUUGCAGCAAGAAACAGCAGCCAAAUCAAAUCUGAAGCUGCUGCUCCAGAAACUGAUGUGCAAGCCGGCAUUCUUCACGAUCGGCCACGUUUCCCGGGAUCGCGAUCGGAGUGGACGGACAAACUGGAGUUUCUGGUGCCCGAAUCCUAUCCUGGCAUCCCAGUGUAUCGGAUAAUGAACCGCAACGGUACAAUAUCGGACCCGGCUCACGAUCCCAAACUUGAUGACGCUACGGUUAUCAGAAUGUACCAGCAAAUGACCUUGUUAAGUUAUAUGGAUAAGAUUCUGUACGAAUCCCAGCGCCAAGGCCGCAUCUCGUUUUAUAUGACGCAUUUCGGGGAAGAGGGAACUCUAAUCGGAAGUGCAGCCGCAUUAAGCAACGCCGACCUGGCUUAUGUGCAGUAUCGUGAAGCCGGUUUGUUGAUGUGGCGGGGCUUCACUCUGGAUCAGUUCAUGGAUCAGUGUUACGGGAAUGAAGACGAUCUGGGCAAAGGCAAGCAGAUGCCGGUACACUACGGGUCCAAAGAUUUGCAUUACGUGACAGUUUCGUCUCCACUGGGUACACAAAUGCCACAAGCUGUUGGAUCAGCCUACGCUUACAAAAGAGCUCAGAAUGGUCAAAUCGUUAUUUGCUAUUUCGGAGAUGGUGCUGCAAGCGAAGGUGACGCUCAUGCUGCUCUUAACUUCUCGGCUACUUUGGACUGCCCGAUUAUAUUCUUGUGCCGGAACAAUGGCUACGCCAUUAGUACUCCGACUUCGCAACAGUUCCGCGGUGAUGGUAUCGCCUCGCGUGGACCUGGAUAUGGAAUCGCCACAAUCCGCGUGGACGGCAACGAUACAUGGGCUGUUUACAAUGCCGUCAAGGCAGCCCGUGAAGUGUGCCUGGCGCAGAACCGGCCUGUCUUAAUAGAGGCGAUGACGUAUCGCAUAGGACACCACUCGACGUCCGACGAUAGUUCAGCGUACAGAUCUGUGGACGAGAUUCGCUACUGGGACAAGGAAGAUAAUCCCAUCAUACGUUUCAGGAAGUACAUGGUUAACCGUGGACUAUGGAACGAUGAAAAGGAAACGCAAUGGAAAGAUCAGGCAAAGCGGCAAGUUAUGACGGCUUUUCAGAAAGCAGAGAAAAAAGUUAAACCGGCACCGGAAGAACUGUUUAAUGACGUGUAUGACGAACUACCCUGGCAUCUACAGAAGCAAAAAAGGGAAAUGAUGGAACAUGUCAGGUCGCAUCCCGAGCAUUAUCCUUUAAAGGAACACGCUAAAAUGGGUCCUAUUUAACUUGACUAGGAUAGCUGGAAUGUGCAUUAAUGAACGUGCAUAUUUGCAUAUGUAUGGCAAAGAUCGAGAGAAGAGGUUUUUGAUUCCACCGGAUUGGAUAAUGUCAUUGUACUGUUUUGCAGAAGUAUGCUAAUGCCUGUCAAACAAUAUCGCCCACAGAGUUCUAUUGUUAAAUUUAGUUUCGGAAAGUAGAAAUAAAUUUAUCUUGUCCAUU